UCUGCCGGUCUGCGCCAGCGUUUGAUAUCAAUGGCUUUCAGGGCUCGUUUUAUUUGACUGUCUGGACUUUUUAUAAUUUCACCCCUAAGAAACCAAUGAUGGAUACCCUAUGGAUUUUAUGGACACUACUACCCUCGGUUCUGGCUGUUGAAGAAAUGUUGAUGGACUCCACCACGGCGACUGCAGAGCUGGGCUGGACAGUAUAUCCUGUGUCGGGGACAAGUGACAGCAGUUGGGAAGAAGUGAGUGGCUACGAUGAGCACAUGAACACCAUUCGUACCUACCAGGUGUGUAAUGUCUUUGAUGCCAACCAAAAUAACUGGGUGCGUACCAAGUACAUCCGACGAAGAGGAGCUCAGCGCAUUCAUGUGGAGAUGAAAUUUUCCGUGCGAGACUGCAGCAGCAUCCCAAGAGUCCCGGGUUCCUGCAAAGAAACUUUCAACCUCUACUACUAUGAAUCAGACUCCGACAUUGCCACCAAAGCCUUCCCCCCCUGGAUGGAAAACCCUUGGAUAAAGGUGGAUACCAUCGCGGCUGAUGAGAGUUUCUCGCAAGUAGACCUAGGUGGACGUGUGAUGAAAAUUAAUACAGAGGUACGCAGUUUUGGACCAGUCUCCCGUAACGGUUUCUAUCUAGCCUUUCAGGACUACGGCGGAUGCAUGUCGCUGAUCGCCGUGCGAGUGUUCUACAGGAAGUGUCCUCGGACCAUUCGGAAUGGAGCGAUAUUUCAGGAGACACUUUCAGGAGCCGAGAGCACCUCCCUGGUGGCGGCGAGGGGAGUUUGCAUCCCUAAUGCCGAGGAGGUUGACGUUCCCAUUAAGCUGUACUGUAAUGGAGAUGGAGAGUGGAUGGUUCCUAUUGGCCGCUGUAUGUGUAAAGCUGGUCAUGAGGCUGUGGAUAAUGGAACUGUUUGCAGAGCAUGCCCUUCGGGUUUCUUCAAGACGGCGCAAGGUGAUGAGAAAUGCCUGCAGUGCCCAAUCAAUAGCCGCACCACCAAUGACGGAGCCACCAACUGCGUCUGCAGAAAUGGAUAUUACCGCACGGACUCAGACCCCUUACAGAUGCCAUGUACAACUGUACCAUCGGCCCCUCAAAGCGUCAUCUCCAGCGUGAACGAGACAUCACUGAUGCUUGAGUGGAAUCCUCCACGGGAGACCGGUGGUCGGGAUGAUGUGGUCUACAACAUCAUCUGCAAGAGCUGUGGAGGCGGCCGGGGAGGUUGCACGCGCUGCGGGGACAACGUGCAGUUUAUUCCACGGCAGCUGGGACUCACCGAGACCCGGGUCUUUAUUAGCGACCUUCUGGCCCACACACAGUACACUUUCGAGGUGCAGGCCGUCAACGGAGUAUCAGACCAGAGCCCUUAUUCGCCGCAAUAUUCAUCAGUCAACAUCACAACUAACCAAGCUGCUCCUUCUACCGUGUCUAUAAUGCACCAGGUCAGUCGCACCGUUGACAGCAUCACUCUCUCCUGGUCGCAACCAGACCAGCCCAACGGGGUCAUACUCGACUACGAGCUGCAGUAUUAUGAGAAGGACCAGACCGAGCUUAACUCUUCCGUAGUGAGAAGUCAAACCAACACAGCAGUCAUUCGUGGCCUCAAACCUGGUGGCAUCUAUGUGUUCCAGGUCCGAGCCCGUACGGUGGCCGGGUUUGGACGCUACAGCGGAAAGAUGUACUUCCAGACCAUGACUGAAGAGGAGUACAACACUAGCAUUCAGGAGAAACUGCCGCUCAUCAUUGGCUCGGCGGCCGCUGGUCUGGUCUUCCUCAUUGCUGUGGUUGUCAUCAUCAUCGUCUGCAACCGACGUGGGUUCGAGAGACCGGAAUCAGAAUACACAGACAAGCUUCAGCACUACACCAGCGGCCACCUGUCACCAGGAAUGAAGAUCUACAUUGAUCCGUUUACCUAUGAAGACCCCAAUGAGGCUGUGAGAGAGUUUGCUAAGGAGAUUGACAUCUCGUGUGUGAAGAUCGAGCAAGUCAUUGGAGCAGGGGAGUUUGGAGAGGUGUGCAGUGGUAAUCUGAAACUCCCAGGAAAGAGGGAGAUGUUUGUGGCCAUCAAAACGCUGAAGUCAGGUUACACAGAGAAGCAACGGCGGGACUUCCUGAGCGAAGCGAGCAUCAUGGGGCAGUUUGAUCAUCCCAAUGUCAUCCAUCUGGAGGGAGUGGUGACCAAGAGCAGCCCUGUUAUGAUCAUCACUGAGUUUAUGGAGAACGGCUCCUUGGACUCUUUCCUAAGGCAAAACGAUGGGCAGUUCACUGUGAUACAGCUGGUGGGAAUGUUACGAGGGAUUGCCUCUGGGAUGAAAUACCUUGCAGACAUGAAUUAUGUUCAUCGGGACCUGGCUGCCCGCAACAUUUUAGUUAACAGUAACCUUGUCUGCAAGGUGUCUGAUUUCGGACUCUCGCGCUUCUUGGAGGAUGACACGUCUGACCCCACAUACACCAGUGCCCUGGGGGGGAAGAUACCUAUUCGGUGGACCGCCCCAGAGGCCAUCCAAUACAGGAAGUUCACAUCCGCCAGUGACGUAUGGAGCUAUGGCAUUGUCAUGUGGGAAGUGAUGUCGUAUGGAGAGCGGCCAUAUUGGGACAUGACCAAUCAAGAUGUCAUCAAUGCCAUCGAGCAAGACUACCGGCUGCCCCCUCCCAUGGACUGCCCCAGCGCCCUCCACCAGCUCAUGCUGGACUGCUGGCAGAAAGACCGUAACAACCGGCCCAAGUUCAGCCAGAUUGUCAACAACCUGGACAAGAUGAUCCGUAACCCCAACAGCCUGAAGGCCAUGACUCCUCUGUCCUCAGGAGUGCAUUUGCCCUUGCUUGACCGCAGUGUGCCCGACUUCUCUAGCUUUAGUUCUGUGGAUGACUGGUUGGACGCUAUUAAGAUGGGCCAGUACAAAGACAACUUUGCCAAUGGCAACUUCACCAGCUUCGAUCUCGUUUCCCAGAUGACCAUGGAAGAUAUUCUCAGGGUCGGAGUGACACUAGCAGGCCAUCAGAAGAAGAUCCUCAACAGUGUUCAAAUGAUGAGGGCCCAGAUGAACCAGAUCCAAUCAGUAGAAGUUUGACACCAGUGCCCCCAUUAGACUGGGAAGAGGACAAGAGGAGGACCAUCGUAAAGGGGUGGGGAGGCCACCACAGACCCCUGAGCCUGAUUUUCCUUCUGGACCACCUGGGAUAUCCACCUGCCCUUUCUUCCAAAUACACUCUCGUUCUCCAUCGGUGUCAGCCGAAUCCUCCAUGAACCCCUCAGCCGCCCUAAUGGGCUUGUUCCAGGAAAACCGUGUCUGGCAAAUAUGGUCACAACAUCUGGAUGUUUAGCUUUAGCUUCCCCAUAUCCCCUCAGUUUUCUCUUACUUCCUUUCCAGUUUUCUUAUUUUAUUAAUAUUUUGUUUUGUUUUUAUUCCGUCUUCUUUUUUUAAAGAGUUUUUGUAAAAAAAAAAAAAUUAAAGCAAUGACAAAACAAGGAAUCUAUAUCAAAUGUAUAGAUUGGUGUAAAAGUGCGGACUGAAUCACAAGGCUACCCUUUAAAAGGGCAAUGAAGAAACAGGACAUGUCAAUUUUGCUCCACAACUUGCGUCAGAGAUUUUCUUUAUAAUAUUUUAUGCUGAAAAUCUUGAACUGCCUGCUCAGUGAGGACACACGGGACAACCAGCCAGACCCUAAUCCUUCUCCCCUUGUUGACAGCAGAGGGAAAAGGAUGUGAACACCAUGAAAUGGACCUUCCUUUUGCCAGGCGUUACUGCCUUGAAGAAACUACGAGACUUUUAGUUUUGCAGUUUAAACCACUUCAACACGAACAAACAAACAAACAGGAAAAAAGUCUUCACUCCUAAAUAGUUACCUUGCUCACAGUGUUGAAUUUGUGAUUUCUCAUUGCUUGAGGGGAAAAAAACGAAAUAUUUUAUGUCUAGACAGCCUGCCAUAUAGAACAUCAUCCCUUCGUACCUCGUCCUGUACAUAUCAGAUGCGCUUGACAAUGUGAGGUCAUCCACUUGAUGUAGUCAAAUUUUCGGUUUCGGUUUCAGUAUUAGAUGGACUGACAUUGACAUUUGAUUGAUUUACUUUUGCGUGUGCAAAGGUGGUCAUCUUGCAUAUUCUUCCUCCUUUUUCAAAGGUUUGUCAUGGGCUAAGAUGAUUUAGUUUGAAAGAUGCCAUCAGAUAUUCUUCCCCACAACUGUAUGCCGGAAAAUUCCUUUAGAGUUAUUAUUUUUAUGAACUGCUUACAGAGAAGGACCGCAAGCAGAUGAACGGUGCGGCCCUUGCAUCAUCUAUCCUAGUCAGUUUUAUGUUGGAAUCCCUUCUGCGCACGCGCGUGUGUGUGUGUGUGCAUGUGUGUGUGGCUCGGUGAGCCCAAGGAGCUGCAGUGCAUGUGUGGUGCGAAGCUUGGAUUUGAUACAAUUUGCAGAUCACUGUGUUAAUAUGCCUCUAUUUUUGCCACCAAAAUUUGCUUUCUUUUAGAAAGAUGUUUUAUAAUGAGGUGUUAGGGGUUUUCAUAUCUGAUAAAGUAUGCAGUUAGAGGAAAUUUUCAUAAUGGGGACGUGAUGUUCAUCAUUGUGGAGUAUAGUUUUUCUAUGAGGAUAUUGUAAAACAUUUUUGAACUGGGUACAUUCACAUUCAUGUGACAAAGCAUGGGGCCAUUAAAAAAAAAAAAAAAAAAAAGUUUAGGUAGAAAUUUGAAAUCUAGAUGGUUUAUGAUAUUAAUCUGGGCCAUUUAAAGAACACAAAAAAAUCGAUAUCUGCAAAAUACUGUAAAUUAGUUGUUGUGUAUAGCUUUUAUUUUAUUUUUUACAGAGAAGACCUACAGUACAGUUUUCCAAAUAAUCCAAGGUAUGGUACUUCCACAACACUCUCUGAGAUUCUCUCCCUCCAUUACAUACAUAUAAGAACCAAGACAACUAUGUAAAUAACAUUCUCCUCCCUCAGAGAGAUUUUUCUUCAAGAUGUGUUGGAUUUUAGUGUACAGAUUCAUUUUUGUAUGUGUUGUUUAAACUGAAUGGAGAGUCACUAUUGUCAGUGUUCAUUUUGGGCCUUUUCAUUUUGUUCUAAUAUGGGCUGAGAGAUGAACAUGUGCUUGUGUGUUUGUAUGUCCAGGUACAUCCAACGUACCAGCAUUGAGGUCACUGUGGUUAACCGUAGACAUGCUUCUCGCUCAGCCGAUGAGGGGCUCACUUUAUUCCAUAACCUCAGGGUUGACGUGCAUCUUUAAUCUAUGUUAAAAGCAUGUGGUACUGUGAGGUCAGUUCGGCAUAGGUAAGGUGCACAGGCUGAUUCAUUAUUGAGUGUUGAUAAAGUUCCAACGUAGUCUCAUGACAACUCGUACGAGAUGGAGAAAUGGUAAGAUAUAAUACAACUUGGCUGGUAUGAAAGUUCCGACUUUUAUUCACAAAGAAACCAAAUAUUCAACAAACACAAUUUCAAACUGAUACAAUACAGGCAUCAAAUUUUAGCCCAACACUUUAUUUUAACCUUAAUAUUUAACCCCCGCGUACACAUGUGUGGAUUUUGUUUUUUGAUUUCACUAUACGCAACACAUAAGUUACAUUUAUUUAAACCGAUCUCAGUUCAGGAGACUGUGCAGUCAGUAAAGAAGUUGAACUUUCCACUCACGGAGUGCGCCAUCUCAUCUGGCAAGAAACGUUAUUACGUUUUUUACAUUAAACCUUUUUGAGUCAAAAGAGUCUCUAGUUUCAUCCGAUACGCCAUUUUUAAAAUUUGAGCAAUUUAUCACGAAACGCCACACUGCUAAACACAAUGUACACUAAUGUGUACUUUAGUGCAUUUUAUCCUUAGAAUUCCUUUAUUUACUGUGCAUUAUCACAAUGAGAAUCAAUGGGUUCAUCCAAAAGCAGAAAAAAUUAGCUUUCAGAGACUUUAUAUGGAGUUUGGAUGAAAAUAAUGUGCAUUUCUAACUGUUCUGAGACCAGUGAAGACAGACAGCACACUGGAGGUUAAGUCAUCCAGUAAAUAGGGAGCAAGGGAGCAUCCUAUAGCUCUCUAUGCAGCUAAGUGCAUUUAAACCAAACUUCAUAUCAAAAGUUCAGUUUCAGGCUGCAGAUGAUGUUUGGACAACUAAAGAUGUUUGGCAGACAUGGGACAAUGGUAAUCAGUACAUAGAUUCAGAAUUUAUAAUGUAUAAUUUUAUUUUAACGUGGUUGGCAGUGAUUGGAUGAUGCUGACCAUUACUUGUAUCAGAAUUAAUUAUGCUAAUUUCUGAUGUCAUGUCUGUAAAAACUCCUGAAAAGCAAUUUGAUUAAAAAAAGAAAUCUGACUUUCUAUAGCUUGGUAUUAUUUAAAAUUUAAAAACUUAGUGGACAUCAUAUGUGGUCUAAAACUUAGACUACAUAUGUGGACAUCAUUUUUAGGAAAACUAUUUACUCUAGAUUUUUUUUAAUUGUAUUUAUUUAUUUAUUUUUAUUUUUGUGAAUGUGCUACUAGUUACAAAUCAAAAAGUGAAAAUGGAAAAUGCACACAGCAGUCACGCUCAGGUCUCAAGAGUUUAAGAAAGGAAAAAUCUGUGAAAAAAAAAAAUUGGUUACUCAUAUUUCUUUAUGCAACACAAACGACUGAUUUACACUGAUCAGUCACAACAUAAAAACCACUGACAGGUGAAGUGAAUAACAUUUAUUAUCUUGUUACAAUGGCACCUGUCAAGGGGUGGGAUAUAUUAUGCAGCAAGUGAAAAGUCAGUUCUUGAAUUUCAUGUGUUAGAAGCAGGAAAAAUGGGCAAGCGUAAGGAUCUGAGCGACUUUGACAAGGGCCAAAUUGUGAUGGCUAGACAACUGGGUCAGAGCAUCUCCAAAAUGGCAGGUCUUGUGGGGUGUUCCCGGUAUGCAAUGGUUAGUACCUACCAAAAGUGGUCCAAGGAAGGACAACCGGUGAACCGGCGACAGGGUCAUGGGUGCCUAAGGGUCAUUGAUGCACGAUCAUGUGGACGGCCGGGUGCAUGUGCGUUGUUUACCUGGGGAAGAGAUUGCAGCAUGAUGCGCUAUGGGAAGAAGGCAGGCCGGCAGAGGCAGUGUGAUGCUCUGAGCAGUGUUCUGCUGGGAAACCUUGGUUCCUGUCAUUCAUGUUGAUGUUACUUUGACAUGUACCACCUACCUAAAGAUUGUUGCAGACCAUGUACACCCCUUCAUGGCAACGGUAUUCCCUAAUGGCAGUGGCCUCUUUCAGCAGGAUAAUGAGCCCUGCCACACUGCAAAAAUUAUUCAGGAAUGGUUUGAGGAACAUGACAAAGAGUUCAAGGUGUUGCCCUGGCCUCCAAAUUCCCCAGAUCUCAAUCCAACUGAGCAUCUGUGGGAUGUGCUGGACCAACAAGUCCAAUCCAUGGAGGCCCCACCUCGCAACUUACAGGACUUAAAAGAUCUGCUGCUAACGUCUUGGUGCCAGAUACCACAGGACACCUUCAGAGGUCUUGUAGAGUCCAUGCCUCGAUGAGUCAGAGCUGUUUUGACAGCACAAGGGGGACCUACAUGAUAUUAGGCAGGUGGUUUAAAUGUUGUAGCUGAACAGUGUAUGUCAAUAAAUUUUAAUAUAAGUUAUUUUCCUAUUAAAAUCAUGGUUAGUUUUAGGGUUUGGGUAAGGGGUUGCACUUUAUGGUUAGGUUUGGCUUAAGGUUAAACUUUGGAAAAACAGUGAUAACAUCAUUGAUUUCUUACAAUUUCGCCAUCUCGUACUAUUAUUACAACUUGUCAUGAGACCGGGUUGUAAAGUUCUCAUCACAGUCUACGGCAGCAAUGCUAAUGGUGUUGAUUUCGACUUUGUUCUUCCCAUUACACAAUGCUUCCAUUAGAAUGAAGAUUCUGCUCGAAUUUGCUCAGUCGUGCAGUGCUUGGGCAUAAAACAUCAAUUUAGUUCAGCAGAUAAGCCAUCCAGGUGUGAACGGUGAGAUAAAUCCCAAAGAGUUGAGAGACGACCCAGUCUACCUUUCCCACUUCCUGUAAUCUACCCUCAAUGUUAUUCUGUCAUUUGUUAUCAUGUGUCCAGAAUGACGGUUAGAGUUUUCUUUCCUUAGAGCUUGUCAAACUAAAUGGCCUUUAGGCUUCGGUUCUCAGCUUUUCCAUGGAUCUUAACUUUUUAUCACCAGCAGGAGGCUACAGGGAGAAAGGAAAUGAAUCAUGGCCACUUAAAAGGUGCUGUAAGCAAUUUUUUGGUGAACACGACACACCUAACCGAUAUCACUAAAAUGGGUGUCCUCAUAUAUUACACCAAAAAGAGCCGGGAGAGUGGCUAAUGCGUUUUUUAGCCAAUCGGAAAACACGGUCUUCCUAGCUGUCUUUUAAGAGUUCGGGUUUUGCAGAGAAGGGCGAUGUAAAGGCGCAGUCACAUUUAUCUUUGCACAGUGAAAUUCCGCAAGGCCAACAAAAAAAUACGGUAACACUUUCUAUGAAGCCCAUAUUUAUAAUGCAUUGUAAAGGAAUUAUAAUGAUCAUGUCAUAAAGCCUAGUUAUAGUUUAAACUAUACAGCACUAAUACAAUAAACUUUAAUAGCAUCUGCUUCGUUCAAAUUGGAUGUUGCUUGUGUUAUAAUGCAUUAUACUCUACAGUAUAACUAUGAAUAGGGGAAGUCUUAUAAUGUAUUAUAAAUGUAGUUAUAACUAUUUAUGAGAAGUUUUAGCCUAUUGUUAUGUGUAUUAUGAGACAUUAUGAACUCGGUAUAAUGCAUUUAUAAUGCCUUUACAAUGCAUUAUAAAUAUGGGCUUCAUAAAAAGUGUUACCAAAAUACUUCUCAAGUAGCCUUUUUUAUGCUGCACUUUAUACUCUGGGAUCGUGAAGUUAUAAAGAAACUCACUGCUAAAAUGAUUUCCUCGUCUAUCGUGAAUAUUCAGAAUUGCUAUCUACAAAGCACUGCCAAACCAAACAACUUCUUAUUGGUCAGUGUUGCGAAUUCACGUGUCAAAGUUCACCAAAGUUGAACUCAAUGCGAAAUGCACAUAGGGAAAUUCUUCACCACUGGAAAUCCAUUAAAGAAAUUUAAGAUUGCACAGAUUCCCAUUGAGAUAACAGUAUUUCACCCACAGAAUUUUGCUGUGCAAAGGCAAAUGUGACCGAGCCUUAAUUCAGUGGCUUGUGAAAGUUAGUAAAAUGACAGAAAUAUUUUACAGCACAUUAAACACCCUGUCCUAACAAGGCACAAGUUUCCACACAAAUAAUUUGUCGAAAUUGAAAGCGAAAAUUCUGUGCAAUGUGACAAUCACUGCCAGUUAGAGCAUAUUAAAUGUUCAAUAUACAGUUAUUUAGAGAUGGAUUUGUUUUAUUUUUUGACCAAUGAGAUUUAAAAGUGGGCAGUGCUACCCAACCCAACGCUAUCGCUUGUUACUUGGUUAAAAAAAGUUCUUGAGCUCAGCAUUGUGCCACAAAUGCUGUCGAUUAAGCUUAACUUCUGUAUUGAACCUGGAACAUUCCUUUAAAACAGGAAGUUGGGUAGAAAAUAAUGAAGACCUUUUCACAUUUUUUUCUUUUUUUUUUUUUAUUGAGUCACACCCUUGAACUACAGUUUGCUCAGUUGGACAUGAAAGACUGUAAAUUUUAAAUUUGUAUACCUGCUAUUGGUUUAAUUUUAUCCACUUUUAGGAGUAAACAAGCAUAUAGAUGGCUUAAAAGCUAACAUACAUGGAAUAAUGCUGCCUUCAUGUGCUAUUGGAAUUAUCCUUCUUCCCACUUCUGAAGUGGUAAUUACGAGUAUGUCACGUUCAAGUGCUUUGUUGUCGGAAAAAACGUUCAUUCAUAUAUAUUUCUUGAGGAACUUUUAUUUUGAAACCAAAAAAAAUAUUACUCAGCUUGCGGACGAAAAUGGAGUUUUGGUCAAAUACAAGCUAUUUUUACGGUGUAAAAAUGUACAACAUACAUCAAAUGGUUGCUGAUAUAAAUGAAUAUGACCAAAACAGCAAGCACUAACAAUUAGCUAUAUUUAGAAAAAUUAACAAGACCUGUCAUUCGCUACAGAGACCGUACUCUCCUCCGCCAUGUUGAAAGUUUACGACUCCUCCCAUCUCGGAAACUCGGGUAUCAAAAUUAUCUCAGAGUUUCCCAGGCGUAAUUUACGACUUGAGGGGUCGUUCAUGUGCAACUUCUGAGUGGGAAACUCGUAUUUACGAUAAUUCCGAUAGCACGUGAAGGCAGCAUAAGACACAAAAUUCCAAUUCGAAUUUCAUCACUUCUAUUAAUUGUCGCAUUAUCACGUCAUGCUUGGUUAGGACAUAGUGUAAGUCAGGGAGGUGAGAGACAGAUUGAUAGAGAAGGAUGUUCUCGCAUCAUAUAACUGUACUAGUGAUCAUGCCAGCAAUCAAGCACCCACAUUUACCUGUCUGACCAGAACAUAUCCUCUUAAUAUUUAAUGGCUUAUCAGUAUCAUUGUUGCACUGUAAGACUAAAGGCUCCGAAUCCCUCGUCUUCCUCAGAAUAAAACCGCUUUCUACUUCACACCCCUUGGACAAUCAUUGUCACUCAAAACUGCAGCAGAUCCACACAUACACUGCUGUUCUGUCUCUACAGUACUAAGACCAGCAUGAAUUUUCAUGCCCAUGCAGGUUGGUUUGGUGUUAGUCUGGUCAACCAGUAUAGCCUUUCUGAUGGAGCUAAUUGACCAAGGAAAUCUUGCUCCAAAAUCCAGCAUCCAAAUCACAACAUAUGCUAGUCUUCUCAGCAGGACGAGACUGUAUUUUAAUAUGUCUGAUCAGAAAACAAAGCGUUUAGAAGUUGAGAAGUUCAUGACAGUAGUUUGGCGAUAUUUGGAGGCAUUUUAAAUCUGCGUAACGGCACAGGAUUAGCAGAGCUUUGAAUGAAAUCCAGUACUGAAGGGAUAUCCUGUAGGCUUGAUCCUCAUCUUAUUUUCCUAGCAAAGAAAUGUGUUAUUUCAUAAGCAAAGUUUUAUGGGUUUAUACUUUUUCACAAAACGGGGGGUUGUCUUGCAGUUUGGCACUGAUGAUCUCAUGAGUUUCUGGCACUUUGUAAAGAGCGUUCUGAAGGAACAUUAGCAGCCAAUGAGCCUUUCUGUCUUAAGAUUUGUUGGAAGAUCGUUGCAUAUGUUGAAAGAUUAUGACAUGGUUGGCAGCUAUGGACAUUUGGUACAAUGAAUUUUCUUCAACAAACCUGUAUUUACAUAGAAAUAUUUCUUCACAACGAUCUUAUGUAAUUCUGUUUUCCACUCCAUUUUUAGCCACAGUUGCUGAAGUUUAUUUCUCAGUAGGGGACUAAUUACUUCACAUGUCUCAUUUUGUUGUUUAACAGAACGUAGGCCACAGACAAAUGAGACGUGGCGUUAUGGGUGUAAAAGAAUCUCACACAGAGUAGCACUUCUAUUGCACUUUUCACAUGGACUAUAUCACCUUAAAUGCAGUUUUUACCUCAACAUUUUCAUGUGAGGCCUCUCAAAGUGCUGGGAAAGAACUGGCAUGUCUUUAAAAAACUCAGAAAUCAUCCUUUUUUCCAGAUCAGAACUGUUGCCGUUACGUUGACAUGCAAAUAUUCCUUCCCUCUUUUGGCAAAGCAUAAACUGCGCAUCAUUUAAAGGCUUUUGUUGAAAGAAAGCUGUGAACAGCAUAUGCUCGCAGCUACAGCUGAAAUGAAAAACAGUUAUUAUGAUGAUUAUAAGCGACUGUGAACGUAAAUACAGGCUGGCUCUUGCUCACUCUCAUUGGUCCACAUUUGGUCUGAAGUUUAGUCUCCGAUAGAAAAUGGCUGACCUGAGCAGCGCUGGUGCCUGUAGGGCUGCAGCACCCUCUGUUUUUUGGCUGGCAGUAGUGCAGCUAGACUGUGAUUUACUCCGCAUGUCUCUCAGCCCAAGUUUUCAGUACAGGGCAGCAGACCUUUCACUCUAGCUAGCCCAAAUUGAGCACUGUCCACCUGGACAUCUGUGAUGGAGAUGGGAGGUCCUGUUUCGCUGUAUAAAAUGUGUAUUUGACUGUAACCCUGUGAAUGAUGUAACAAUUUCAUUAUUUGUAAUAUUGUUAUUGGUUUAUUUUCUAAAAAUGGAAAAAGCCCAACUUGACUCUCCUCAUUAAAAAAUGAAAUGAG